GUGAUUCCUUUAUCAUCAGCAACAAUAUUUGCUAUACAGCGUCUCUAGUUAGUUCCUCCAUGUUUAUGUUCCCACUUGACAAAGCACAUGAUUCUCCAUUGAUUUGGUUAGGACCAUACACAUACAAAAUAUCAAUAAAAACAUAAGGUCCACAACAACCACUUGGUUCUUCCACAGCCACACAAAUACCAAAUCAAACCCUACACAACCUGUUACUAAUCAAUACACGUAACUAACAAGAUCUAAUAAAAAUAAUAUCCUUAUCUUUUCAUUCACACACUCACCAGUCAGUCACACUUCAUUUUCAACGCUCCUAAAUAUUAUUAUUCAUUCACAUUUUUCUUUAUUCUAAAUCUCCUAGCUAAUCUUUUUAUACACCAACCAUUACUUUUUCUCAUUUUUGGGUUUGGAAUAUUAUUAUACAAGAUAAUUAUUGGAAGAGAAGAUGAAAAUUCAGUGUGAUGUUUGUGAGAAAGCUCCUGCUACGGUGAUUUGUUGUGCAGAUGAAGCUGCUUUGUGUGCUAAAUGUGAUGUUGAAGUUCAUGCUGCUAAUAAGCUUGCUAGCAAGCAUCAAAGGCUUCUUCUUCAAUGUUUAUCUAACAAGCUUCCCAAAUGUGAUAUUUGCCAAGAUAAGCCAGCUUUCAUAUUUUGUGUUGAAGACAGAGCACUGUUCUGCAAAGACUGUGAUGAACCAAUUCAUGUAGCUGGUAGUCUUUCAGCUAACCACCAGCGUUUCCUCGCUACUGGUAUCCGCGUGGCUUUGGGUUCUAGUUGCACUAAAGACAAUGAGAAUAACCAAGUUGAACCAUCUAAUCCAGACACACAACAAGUUCCUGUCGAAGUUCCUCCUCAGCAAGUCCCUAGUUUCACAUCAUCUUGGGCUGUUGAUGACUUGUUGGAAUUUACUGACUUCAAUUCACCAGACAAAAAGCAAUCUCUCGAGUUUGGAGAGCUUGAAUGGUUAUCAGAUGCCGGUCUAUUCAAUGAACAAUUUCCUCAUGAAGGUUUAGCUGCGGCUGAAGUUCCUCAACUUUCUGUAACGCACGCUAACAAUGUUGCUUCAUACAAAGCACCUAAAUCCUAUAUGUCUUACAAAAAGCCUAGGAUUGAAGUCCGACAUGAAGACGAUGAUGAUGAGCACUUCACAGUGCCUGAUCUCGGUUAAAAGCAGACGACCUUCCGGACUGUUCAAAUCCAUGAAUCUGUAGAUGGAUAUGAGUUUAUAUGCAGCAGACUUCUAUAAAGAUACUAAGUACUGAAAGUAUGUUAACUAGCUGUGUGUAGUAUCACAUUUUAGGAGCUUCGAGUCAAUUCGAAGUUUAGGGUUAUAACCUAGAGGUCCUCUGCUCACACCUGUCAUGCAAAAUUAGCUGGUUUAUGUUGUGUAUGGUUGUUAUCUUGAAGACCAUUUUGGUCUAAUUGCUACACUGAGGGCGUGUGGUAUUGUAUCGUUAGUUUGUGAUAUCAGAACUUCGAGAAAUUGGUUGAUUA